CUGGACAGUCUAUUUAAAGGGGGGACAACGCCCUAAGUUACCAUCGUGGAGUUGGACGCUGUCCUUUGGGGUCCCGUCGCAGCCGGGAGAAUCGCAGGAGCAUUUCUCAUCCUUGGUCAUGGCCAGCGAAAUACUUGCCUCUAACUUGAACCUCAAGCCUGGUGUCUGUGUGAGAAUAGUGGGAGAUGUUCUGCCUGAUGCCAAGAGCUUUAGACUGAACUUGGGCAAAGACCACGAAAACCUCGCCUUGCAUUUCAACCCACGUUUUGACUGCUUUGAUGAUACCAACGUCAUCGUCUGCAACUCCAGGCAGGAAGGCUCAUGGGGCGCAGAACAAAGGGAGACCAGUUUCCCUUUUUUGCCAGGGAGCCAGGUGGAGGUUUGCUUCGCCUUUGAAGGGAGUCAUUUUACAGUGAGGCUGCCUGAUGGCUCCGAGUUCAAAUUCCCGAAUCGCCUUAAUUUAGACACUAUCAACUUCCUGGAAGCCAAUGGUGACUUCAAGCUAAGAUCAGUGAAUUUUGACUGAGCCCUCCAAUCAAGCCAACUUCAGACCAUUCUUGAUCUUUGGGCUUCUUAUUACUAAUAAAAGUAAUGAUGAUGAUAA